ACGUUUUGUCUCGUUCAUCGUUACCUGGUCGCCUUCUUUCUAUUUCUAAAAAGCUUCCAUGAAAGUCAAUAAUGGAAGGCGCAAAGUCUGGAGGCUCAAGGCCAAAUCUCGAAGAAAGAAACCAGAUUAAGCAGUAGGGUUUGCGAAACGAGUCUAAGAGAAGGAAAGAGAGGAUCGAACAGAAAGAAGAAACUCAAGAGUAGAUCUGGGACCGUGUGGUUGUUGAGAAUGACAAUCCCUGUAAUUGAUCUGGAGGACUUCCCAGGGCAGUCUCAGGCGCUUGUAAGAGCAUGCGAGGAGUGGGGAUGUUUCAGAAUCGUCAACCACAAGAUCCCAUCUUUGCUGUUGUCGGAAAUGAAGUCUGUGGUCAGAUCACUCUUCAACCUCCCCAUGGAGAUCAAAUGCCGGAACACCGAUGUGAUCGCCAGCAGCGGCUACUGGCCACCUUCGAAGGAAAAUCCAUUCUAUGAAGCAUUCGGUUUGUUCGACGUCGCCUCCCCACAAGCCGUAGAAACCUUUUGUACUCAGUUGGGCGCUUCCCCGCAACAAAGAGAAACAAUCCUAUCGUAUUCCCGGGCGAUGAACGAGCUGGGCUUGGAGAUAGGGCAGAAGAUAGCGGAGGGAAUGGGAUUAGACUGUGAGUUAACGAAGGGGUGGCCAUGCCAGUUCAGGAUAAACAGGUACAACUUCACACCGGACACCGUGGGUUCCCCUGGGGUCGUCAUGCACACAGAUUCUGGAUUCCUCACUAUACUUCAGGAUGAUGAAAGUGUGGGUGGCCUGGAAGUGAUGGACAAAGCUGGUGCCUUCGUUGUCGUGGAACCCAAGCCAGGGACUCUCCUUGUCAACCUUGGGGACAUGGCCACCCUUUGGAGCAAUGGCAGAUUCUACAAUGUGAAGCACAGGGUGCAAUGCAAGGAGGCAAUAACCCGCUUCUCAAUUGCCAUGUUUGUACUUGGACCCAAGGACAGUGCAGUGGAGGCUCCACCAGAAUUUGUGGACUCUGAACAUCCUCGCCUCUAUUCCCCGAUCACCUUUGAAGAUUUUCGAGAUCUCCGAUUUUCCACAGGAUCUCGUGCUGGGGAAGCUCUUGAACAUGUACGCCUUCAGCCAGCUGGCCCCUGAUAAUUUGAUCUUUCGUCAAACAGAGUGUUUUAAUACAUUUUGAGAGAACUGAUUGAACUCAUAUGGCAAUAAAAAUAAAGAUCCAUAUCUAACUGAUCAUUUUCUCAA